AUGGGUUCUCUGGCCCUGCAACUGUGCGCUCUCGUCUGCCUGGUGGUUCACUCAGUUUCUGGCAGCCCCAUCAUGAGUCUGGAGCAGUCACCUCUGGAAGAAGAUAUGCCCCUCUUCGAUGAUGUCUUCUCAGAGCAAGAUGGUGUCGACUUUAACACAUUGCUGCAGAGCAUGAAGAAUGAAUUCCUCAAGACACUGAACCUCUCCGACAUCCCUUCACAGGAUUCAGCCAAGGUUGACCCACCAGAGUACAUGCUGGAGCUCUACAACAAAUUUGCAACAGAUCGGACCUCCAUGCCAUCUGCCAACAUCAUUAGGAGCUUCAAAAAUGAAGAUCUGUUUUCCCAGCCAGCCAGUUUUAAUGGGCUCCGAAAAUACCCUCUCCUCUUUAAUGUGUCCAUUCCUCACCAUGAAGAGGUUAUCAUGGCUGAACUGAGGUUGUACACGCUGGUGCAAAGAGAUCGCAUGAUCUAUGAUGGAGUAGACCGAAAAAUUACCAUUUUUGAGGUACUAGAGAGCAGAGGGGACAGUGAGGGUGAAAGAAGCAUGCUGGUCUUGGUGUCAGGGGAGAUCUAUGGAACCAAUAGUGAGUGGGAGACUUUUGAUGUCACUGAGGCCAUUAGACGUUGGCAAAAGUCAGGUUCAUCCACCCACCAGCUGGAGGUCCACAUUGAGAGUAGACACGACGGAGUUGAGGAUGCUGGCAGGGGACAACUGGAAAUAGACACCAGUGCCAGGAAUAAGCAUGUCCCUUUGCUUGUCGUGUUUUCUGAUGACCAAAGCAGCGAGAAGGAGCGGACAGAAGAACUGAAUGAAAUGAUCGCCCAUGAGCAACUUCUGGAGUUUGACAACUUGGGCAUGGACAGUUAUUCCAGUGGACCCGGAGAAGAAGCUUUGCUGCAAAUGAGGUCAAACAUCAUCUAUGACUCCACUGCCCGCAUCAGAAGGAAUGCUAAAGGAAACUACUGCAAGAGGACCCCGCUCUACAUCGAUUUCAAGGAGAUUGGCUGGGACUCUUGGAUCAUCGCCCCACCUGGAUAUGAAGCCUACGAAUGCCGUGGGGUUUGCAACUACCCCCUUGCAGAGCAUCUCACACCCACAAAGCAUGCGAUUAUCCAGGCCCUGGUCCACCUCAAGAAUUCCCAAAAGGCUUCCAAAGCCUGCUGUGUGCCCACCAAGCUAGAGCCCAUCUCCAUCCUCUACUUAGACAAAGGCGUGGUCACCUACAAGUUCAAAUAUGAAGGCAUGGCAGUCUCUGAAUGUGGCUGUAGAUAGGAGAGGAGUCCUGUGCUAAUUUAAUAACUGUAAAUGUGUAUAUUUUGUGUUCCUAUUUAAUGAGAUUAUUUAAUAAGAGUGUACAGAUGAUAGAGGCUUGCUGCCUUAGGGAAAUGGGCAGGUCAGUUUGUUGUAGGAAAUGCAUGUUUUGCUAAUACAAUAUCAUCCCUCCAAUAUGUUUUUCUUUGGACUUGCCAUUUCUUGUCAAUGCCAUUUCCAAUAGCAAGUGGCAAGCCACACUAAUUGUCCUCUAUGUCAAUUUGAAAACAACAGGCCCUAAGCAGAAAUAGAGUGUCAGUGAUAGAUACUUGUGUAUGUAUAUGUGUACAGAGAUAAACUUACAAAAUUCUCCUGGUUCUAUAGAGGUAGAUUAUACUCCCUCAUAUGCAUGACUCAAUCAAAUGUGUAUAUAUUAAAAACUGAUGGUAUAUUCUCAGUCAACUCUUCUCUGAGUAGGAUUUAUGUCAAGAUAAUUUGCACCAGGAAUUUGACCAUCCUAUGAAGUAUGACAUUUCCUAAAUAGUAUUGGAAAUGUAGGUGUAGCUUUUUUUUUAACUUUUUUAAAGUUUAUUUAUUUAUUUUGA